GUGUUGGUAUCUUAGCAUACCAUGCACGAAUUGUGAAGUUUUUUUUGCCGGCGUCUGUGUUUUUUACAAAUAAGUCUUAAAAAAAAAAGUGUAAAAUGAAAUUAGUAAGAUUCCUGAUGAAGCUGAGUCACGAGACUGUAACCAUCGAGCUAAAGAAUGGCACUCAAAUACACGGUACCAUAACAGGCGUGGAUGUGGCCAUGAAUACUCACCUAAAGAGUGUCCGUAUGACAAUCAAGAACAGGGAUCCUGUUCAUUUGGAGUCUUUGAGUAUACGUGGCAACAAUAUACGUUACUUCAUACUGCCGGACAGCUUGCCAUUGGAAACUUUGCUGAUAGAUGACACUCCGAAAUCGAAGACAAAGAAAAAAGACAGCGGUCGUGUAGGAAAUCGCGGCAGAGGAAGAGGCGCGCGCGGACGCGGAGGACCCAGAGGACGCGGCCGUGGCAGAGGAGGAUCGAACAGGCGUUGAUUUUUAAAUAUAUACAUUUAAUAAACAAACAAAAAGAAAAAAUCCAUUUUAAAUACAAGUCUUUUAUGAAGUAACCAAACUGUAUUUAUUAAAAAAAACACAGCUGUUCAACUUAAGAGCCGUCUGAAAAAGCAAUCCAAUAAAACGAAUAGAAUAUUA